CUUUCCAUCACUUCUGACAUUUGUCUCAUAAUAAAAUAAUUGCGAAAUAUGAAAAUUCCGUAAAAUUCUAGUUUUAUCCGUCUCGAUAAUCCAUUCCGUACAUACUUCCACCUACAAAUUUCCCGCUAAAAUGUUAUCUUAACCGCACUGAGAUAUUUCGUCAUACUUUGCAAUACGUCAUAGAUACAACUUCUCCAGCUGAUUGUGUAUAAAAUUAUGAGUUUCCGCGUGCAAGGCCAGUAUUCAGUCGUUCAUAGUUGCCGAUAGCCGUCGGCUGCGCAUUCGUAAUUCAAAUACUGCGCUUGAAGUAUUUUUUGUGUGUGUAAUAUUGGCCGGUAACCUUGGUUGUGAGUGAGGCCGCGAGUACCUACCUAGCACAAUUAAAAAAGUUAAUCUAGUUGGUCACGAUGUUGAAGAGUGCGUCUAAAGUGACAAUAAAUACGGGCAAUGUGCUGAACUUGAUCGAUAUCAAGAAGAAGGCUGGACAAAAUGUAACCGAAGAGCUUUCAGAGAGCAUCAAGCUGACACUCUCAGAAUGGGGCACUCAGAAUGGUCUACCCGUCCAAAACGGUGUUGGCCCCACUGGGGGUCACCCACAGACUUCUCACCACCAUUCUGACUAUAUGGUAGUGUCAGCAUCCACUGCUGACAAAGCAGAGGCUGUCAUCAACAUCACCAGACCCCAUGAUGACGUCAAAAACAAAAUGGCGGAAGAGGAACGCAAGAAUUUGAAAAUUGGUGUCAAGAUUUUCAUUAAUGAAGACAGUACGACUGCUUUGACGGAGUGCUUGGAGAAUGUAUUCGGCGCCCUACACACAGCGUACAUAGACAACGUGAUUCUAGCGUACAACCCGGACAUCCUGCAUCGUGAUGAAGCUAGCGAUGAUACCAACCUCAAGAACACACACGCUACUAAAGCCUCGCCUAUUUCUUUGGGGAGUAAUGUGCGCAUGUCGAGCACGGAGGUGGAGGCCGACAACGAGGCGGACGCGCGCAAGUGCGAGGCGAUACUGCCCGGCAUCAAGAUCCUGUGGGGAGUGCUCGAAGAUUACGUUAAAGAAGGUCGCGUCCAACAGUUAGGUGUAGCAGACGUAGGCGGUGGUUGCCUGCGCAAGCUUCACGCAUGGGCUCGAGUACGCCCCGCUAUAGCUCAGAUCAACCUAGCUUCGUGCUGCGUGGUGCCGCCCGCGCUGCACGCCUUCUGCCGCGCUAAUGACGUGCAGCUGCUGACGCAUGCUGACCCGCCUGAUCUACUCUCAAUCGCUGCCGUAAAGACGCUCUCAGACGCUGGGGUCGGUUGUAACAACUUAGACUGGUGUGCUCGCUACCAAGUCCACAUCAAAUGUAGGGGAGUUCUAGCUCUUAAGGGCUACGUAUGUAAGGCCACCAUCGGCAACAAAUCAGAAAAAAUAGAUAAGAUAGAAAACAUAUAAACAUAGGUAGGUGUGAACAACAUUUGUGUUAAUAUUAAGCUAUUUAUUUAAGCAUUUUCAUGUUGCGCGAAUGUGGCGCCACUGUUGCUCUACAGUUUUAGUGGCGCUGGUAUGCAGAUUUAUUCCCUUUUUUCCAAAUUAAAUUUAAUACAAAAUUGUAUUUAAAAAACCUUCGAGAGCCCCCAUGAAUUUGUACACACUAGCAGGUCAACCUACCGUAAUCUUACAUAUUUUAUCAAUCGAACAUCAACCUUCAACUAUUGUGAUAAGGUCGAAAAUCACUUUAAGUAGGUUGACUUGCUGUUGUCUGGACAUUCGCAAAUACUUAUGAAAACUAAUUACACAUGUUAAUAAAAUAAUAUAAAAGUUAUGGGAUGGCAGGGAGGGAGUUUGGACUUUUAAGUUUCUGAAAUGAUACAAAUUCCUCUUUAUAAGAAAGGUGCGGAUUCUGAAUGGACUCAAAAUAUAUUUAGAAAAUAUCCAAAUCAACAAUUAUUUAAAUAGAAAAUUUCAGUGCAACCUUUUUUGAACAUUAAUUUCAGUAUUUGUUUUUUGGUAUUUUUUAAAAUUCGUUACUAGCAACACUCCCAGUUUACAAUUUGGUAGAUUGUUUCUCAAAAAAUAAGUGAUUUUUCUAAUGGUGCAAUAGAAUUUGUUGGUCUUAAAAUGCAAAUAAAUACUUAUCAUUUGAGAAACAUUCGAUUACCAGUGCAUUUUAGAUAAAUAGGCUCAUUUUAUGGCUUAAAUUGUGAUAUAGUUCGAUAUACUAUUAAAGCAUACUAUCGUAUGUACUUAUAAUUGUUACUUACACUUUUCUUAGACACUGCAAACAUAAACUUCACUUGAAAGCUACUAUUUAAAAUACAGAAUAUUGAUUUUAAGACUGUUCUGUAAAUCGGUAUUUUCAUGUCGAUAUUAUCGAUAAAAUUUUCAUCUAAAAUAUCGAUAGCCUCUUAUAUUGUGCCAUUAUUUCUAUCUUUGAAGGUAUUACAUCAAAUCGAGGUUUGUUUUUAUCGAUAACAUGAUUAUUAAAGUAUCGAUUUAAUUGUACCCUUUGACUAUCGUUAUCAGUGUCUAUGAAAAACAAUAUUAUAGUUGGUGCACAAGCUAGGUUAUGUGGUUAUUUCAAUACAAUUAUUUUAAUGAUUAAUAUAUGUCAACUUGUCUAUAUUACGCAAUAGAAAUAGGUAUAUUCUGAUUUCAAUAAAACCUAUCAAAACUAUAUCGUUAUUUUAAAAUCACUUUUAACUAAAAUAAUUUUGCAAAUCGUUCCAGCCGUCUUUGAGUAAUCGGUUUACAUAAAGAUCCCAAAACUCCACCUUUUUGGGAAGUCGGUUAAAAUGGGCUGUGAAAAACUCAUAUAUUUGCGUUAAUUACAUUAUAGAUGAGUAUAUACAAGUUGACAUAUAUUCUAUAUUAAAUAGUUACCUUAUAAAAUUGUUGUUUAAUACAAUGAAAUGGUACUUCGCAGUUUUGUGAUAAGAAUUAUUGUUAGAAUCCAUUUUGUAGGCAAGAAAAGUUUUAACGCCUGGACAUUUGGUUAGAGCAAUAUUUCAUAUUUACAGCAAAGUCAAUUCAAUUUAACUAUAAUUAUUUGAUUUUUAUUUUUAUUAUAGGCGAAAUGGUUGCAAAGAGAACGUCUUUUUUGAAUUGAAUGACUACAUUUUUUUUAAAUUAAAGUAUUGCAAAGUCCACAUAAUUAAUUUCACAAUACAUUUUCGGGGUCAUGAUUACCAUCAUACCAAGGAUGGAUGACCAAACUAUUGUUUUUUUUUUGCUAUAGGUGCUACUUUUCUUGCCUAUAAAAAUGCUGUUUUUAUACAGAAUGUUACAAAACCGUAAGAGGGUAGAUAAUCUAACGGGCAGUUUUGUAACAUCCUGUACAAUAUAUUAUUAUAGUAUUUCGAUGCAGUUAACCAUAGUUAUAUUUUAUCAUUUAAACAGGUUAUAAAUAAAAUUGAAUGUAUGCAUGUACGGUCAGGAUAAUUUUAUGCGGAUCGUACUUAGGAUUUGUAAUCUCAUUUUACACUUAAUUUUAUUGGUUACUUACAGCCAGUUUCUUCAUCAAAAGUAAAAAUCAAAGUAAUGUCUAAAGUAAAAGUAACGGUCAAAUUCGCUUUUUCUAUUAGUUUUGCUGUCACUUUAGCCUUGAAAAAACGAAUUUGACCGUUACUUUUACUUUAUGACAUUACUUUGGCUUUUACUUUUGAUGAAGAACCUGGCUGUUAAUUUUGAAAAUUCAUCAGUUAAAGUAAAGGCGAGUUGCACUAUGUAAUUUUGAUAAUAACCAAACCUUAACCAGCCGUUAGAUCGGCGAUUUUAAACAAAUGGGUGGUUUCGUUUACGUUAUAGAGUGCAAUCCACACUUAUUAUAUUCAAAUUAUAAUUAUUUACGGUUAAAAAAGAUUCGUUACUUAAUUUUUGAGUCGCGCUUAAGUCCAUUUUUAACUGGAUAUAAAAUUUUAUCUAUGCGCCUAUCCUAUCAGUAGCGUUGCAUUUUCAAAAUAGAUGGUGUCUAAUAAAUUAAUACUGCCUUCAUUAAUAGUAAAAUAAUUGUACAAUCAUAAUAUCAUAAACCCAGUAAUAGUGAGAUAUAAUGUAAAAAAUUGUUACUAUUGACAUCUUGACAUAUUUUUACUAUAGCAACAUUCCGACGCAAACGCCCCCAAAAAGGUUGUAACACAUCAAAAUGGCGCCUGACGUAUAGUUUUUUUUUCAUGAUUAACAAACAAUAUUACACGUACAAAGUAUGCCCCUUUAAAAUAUAAUAUUACGAUAUAUUAAAUAUAUUUAAAUAAGUUAUUCAUACAUAGGUGCCUCAUACUUAAAAUUAAGAUGUUCUAUGUGACCUUAAAAAUGCUUAAAAAAGUGUAAAAAUGUUUAUAAUACAUUCAAAAAUGUAUCAUGUAAGAUGAAACCCGAAUUGUUUUAAAAUUAAAGUAUUUAUUGAAUAA